UGAUGAUCGUCCUUGGAAGGAAGUUGUUUGGAAAAUUUAUAAAUAUAUUUUCCGCCUGAAACGUACCCAUGUCCAAUGAAACCUGGUAUUCGGGUUAUCCGAGGUCCAGACUGGUGUCUAGGAGAGCAAGAUGGUGGCCCUGGUUACCUAGGAACCGUUGUUAACAUUUACCCAAAUAACAGUGUGCUUGUGAAAUGGGAUAUAGGAACGGAGACGAUCUGCAGGGCGGGACUGGACGGAGCCUUCGAUCUAAGGGUUUAUGAUAAUGCGCCAAUAGGAACACAUCAGAAUGGGUGGUGCUGUGAUGGUGAAUACUCGAAAAAAGAUGGUGGUGGGACUAUACGCGGCUUCAGAUGGAAAUGUUUAGUGUGUAAAUACACAGAUGUUUGCACUGAAUGCUAUAUGUCAGAUAAAAAAGUCUACCGGCAACAAUGUGCGGAUACAAAACAUCCUUUUGUGAGAUAUAUGACACCUCGGUCUUUGGUGGUCCGGGUGCCCCCUAGAAAACGGAGCAAGAAAAUCCCUCUAUAUGGAAUCUUUCCGGGUGCCGUGGUCACAAAGGUCGCGUCAUCGUCUUCGGAAAAUGACCUACUGGGCAUUGUUCAGGAAUUGAUAGAUCUUCCACCGGAUGCCUAUCGAAGCGCAGUUAAAGUGUGGGUACAGAAGGAAAGAGAUGAAGGUGAAACUCAUUUUCCAAUAUACAGAAUAGGGGCGGACGGGAAGGUAGAACUUAAGUUGAUAACACCUGCCAACAAUGGAACAGUAUAUAUUGAUCAUUUGCCAGUCUUGGAUCUGACCAUGCCGGUGGAUAUAGAGUUCAAUGUAGGGGACAGAGUUCGAGUUGAUCUUAACUUAGAUACAUACAAACAUUUAGUUUCUGAAUCUGGAGGCUGGAUAUCAGACCUUGAGAAGGUUUUAGGUGUGGAGGUGUGGAGGGCAUAGUGACGGUGGUCCAUGACACAAGCGAAAUACUUGUUUCUACUAGGCAUGAAUAUGUGGGUAUCACCGUUCAAGCCAUGUACAUGAACGUUUUAACAAAGAUAUACACUAUCUCGGCAGGGGAUACUGUGAGGAUAAUUCAGGACCAGAAUAAAAUGAAGGAGUUACAGUGGGACAUGGCGGAUGGCAGCAGGCAUUUGUUUCUAUUCUCGGAGCUACUGGGCAUGUUGUGCGAAUAGUUGAUUCUGAAGACGCCAUUGUGAAGGUAGCUGGGGAAUUGUUCGUUCUGAACCAAUCAUGUCUCAUCUUUAAACAACAUGGAGAGAAUGUAACGUCAGGGUCUUCGGAUGCAGAUUCUAGAAAACGUAGUUCUGAAGUCCCAGAAGCGAUUGCUGAAGAUCCGUACUACCUUAAUAUGUAUAGAACGGCAAUAGCUGAUGGAAAGGAAAUCGAUUCCCGAAUUCGAAUAAGUCAGGCUGGAAUUGCAGAAACUACAGACAAAAGCAUUGAUCGUCGACUAUAAAGCCAAAAUGCAUCUCUAGAAACUGAUAGAGCUGUGGAAGAUGGAACACCUCUUAGUGAAAAACAACUAAGUAGAAUAGCACAGGCAGUCGGGAAAAACUGGGAAUUUUUGGGAUAUGAACUAGGUAUUUCAAAGGUCGAAAUUGAACACAUUUUCAUGGAUAACUAUACAACUGCUCUGCGGAUUUAUCGCAUGCUUGUAUCGUGGACAAAACAUAACCAUUUGGCGACGCUUGAUCAUCUUCUUCGAGCGAUGCAGAAGUGCAAUACGGUCACCGUUGAUUGGGAUAAAAUUCGAAAUAUGAUAGAAGGAAUGGAUAUGCAACAACCAGAAGCAAGAAGCAAAAGUCGAGACGGUAGAGUAAACAUUCAUCGGGAUGAUAAUAAAGAUGAUACUGUGGUAGAGGCACGAGAACGACCCAACGACGAUGCAGGAGAUGAACCACAUAGCGACCGAUUCAUGUGUGAAUCGUGUGAGGAAGACAAACCUCGGUAUACAAUCAAACCAUGCGGCCAUUAUCUUUGUGCGGACUGCAUUCCUUGGCCAAAGCAAAAGAAGAAAUUGUGUGCCGCUUGUGCACAUGAAGCAUGUGAGGUGCUUGUAAUAUGAUAGUGUGUAAUGAAAUGCGUCAUUGAAGAUUUCCCUGAGCACCUUAUUGUAAAGAAACUAAAAGAGUAAAGUAAUUAAAGAGUCA